GAGCACACGUUUCUCGCAACUUUUGUUCGGAACACUUCCUCUGUUAAUCUCACAGAUUCAACAAGCACAAGUAGUAGCACUAAACACUCACCAGCUGUUUAAAUAAUAAUACCUUAGACUGCAAACCGAGCGUUCCGAAAUCAACGUUUUUAGAAAAUAAAGAAAAGCCAGUAUAAUGUUUGGGUCAAUUUUCAAAUUGUCUACAAAAUUAAACAAACAGUCAAUUGUGAUGACAUUAUCUAGGGGUAUAGUUCAACAACGUGACAGUAUGGAAAAAUAUUUCAAAGACAAACGUUUUAUAGUCACAGGAGCCAGUUCUGGAAUAGGCAAAGUUAUCGCCGGACGAUUAUUGGGACUGGACGCGUACGUAUAUGCAAUUGGAAGAGAUGUGGAGACAUUACCGAGUUCUGAUAAUAAAAAAUUGAUCAAAGUGACCGUGGACGUAAGUGAAUGGGAUACUGUGUAUUGUCAAGUCUUGGAAAUGGGACCUGUCCAUGGAUUAGUAAACAAUGCAGGAGUAGCACACAUUGAAUCUUUUCUUAGUACGACACAACACGGAUGGGACGAUACUUUAAACAUAAAUUCUAGAGGAAUGGUGAGGGUAAGUCAAGCAGUGGCCCAAAAUAUGAUUGAUGCAAAAAUUAAAGGAUCCAUAGUUAAUGUUUCAUCUACUAUAUCUGAGAGAGGGAUACCAGACCACGUAACAUAUUGUGCAUCUAAAGGAGCUGUAAAUCAAAUUACAAGAACAAUGGCAAUUGAAUUGGGACCACUUGGCAUAAGAACAAACAAUGUAAAUCCAACUGUUGUAAUGACUCAAAUGGGAAAAAAGGCAUGGAGUGAUCCUGCAAAAUCUGGACCCAUUUUGAAAAAAAUACCUUUGGGAAGAUUCGCAGAACCUAAUGAAAUUGCAGAUGCAGUUAUAUUUCUAUUGAGUGACUACUCACAAAUGGUUAAUGGUCUGAAUUUGUAUGUAGAUGGAGGUUAUAUGACUGGUUGAGUUUAUUAUAUUAAUAAA